CUGUUUUGAUAUGAUUGAAGAAGCCUACAUGACGAAAUGUGGACACAGCUUCUGCUAUAAAUGUAUUCACCAGAGCCUGGAGGACAAUAACAGAUGUCCCAAAUGCAACUAUGUUGUGGACAACAUAGAUCAUCUUUAUCCCAACUUCUUAGUCAAUGAACUUAUUCUUAAACAGAAGCAAAGAUCUGAGGAGAAAAGACUCAAACUGGACCAUUCAGUGAGUAGCACCAAUGGCCAUAGGUGGCAGAUAAUUCAAGAUUUGUUGGGAACUGAUCAAGACAAUCUUGACUUGGCCAAUGUCAACCUGAUGCUGGAGCUGCUGGUGCAAAAGAAGAAGCAGUUAGAAGCAGAGUCCCAUGCUGCUCAAUUGCAGAUCCUUAUGGAAUUUCUCAAAGUUGCCAGGAGAAACAAACGAGAGCAACUGGAGCAGAUCCAGAAGGAGCUAAGUGUUCUGGAAGAAGACAUUAAACGAGUAGAGGAAAUGAGUGGCUUGUACUCCCCAGUCAGCGAGGACAGUACAGUGCCACAGUUUGAGGCUCCCUCACCUUCACACAGUAGUAUUAUUGACUCCACGGAGUAUAGCCAGCCUCCAGGCUUCAGUGGCAGCUCUCAGACCAAAAAGCAGCCGUGGUAUAACAGCACGCUAGCUUCACGACGCAAGCGGCUCACAGCUCAUUUUGAGGACCUAGAGCAGUGCUAUUUUUCCACCAGGAUGACGCGUGUCUCGGAUGACAGCAGAACCACAAGCCAGCUGGAUGAGUUUCAGGAGUGUCUCUCCAAGUUCACACGCUACAAUUCUGUCCGACCCCUGGCAACGCUGUCUUACGCUAGUGACCUCUACAACGGCUCCAGCAUAGUGUCCAGUAUUGAGUUUGACCGAGACUGUGACUACUUCGCCAUUGCUGGGGUGACAAAGAAGAUUAAAGUCUACGAGUAUGGUACAGUCAUUCAGGACGCGGUGGAUAUUCACUACCCUGAGAAUGAAAUGACCUGUAAUUCCAAAAUCAGCUGUAUCAGCUGGAGUAGUUACCACAAGAACCUGCUAGCCAGCAGCGACUAUGAAGGCACCGUCAUCCUUUGGGAUGGAUUCACGGGACAAAGAUCCAAGGUCUACCAGGAGCACGAGAAGAGGUGCUGGAGUGUUGACUUUAACUUGAUGGACCCAAAGCUAUUGGCUUCAGGCUCUGAUGAUGCCAAAGUGAAGCUGUGGUCUACCAACUUGGACAACUCAGUAGCAAGCAUCGAGGCCAAGGCUAAUGUGUGUUGUGUCAAAUUCAGCCCCUCUUCUAGGUAUCACCUAGCUUUUGGCUGUGCAG